AUGAUGGGCUUUGCGGGAAAAUCGAAGCAAAAACGCUUCAUCAACGAUGGUGUUUUUAACGCAGAAUUAAACGAGUUCCUAUCACGUACACUCGCAGAGGACGGAUACUCGGGAGUGGAGCUAAGAAUUACGCCAGUGAGAACGGAGAUCAUAAUCAGAGCAACCAGGACCAGAGAAGUGCUCGGAGAAAAGGCAAGAAGAAUAAGAGAGCUCACGUCACUGGUGCAAAAGAGGUUCGGAUUCUCCUCAGACUCAGUGGAGCUAUACGCAGAGAGAGUGGAGAACCGCGGACUCUGCGCAAUGGCACAGGCAGAGUCGCUGAGGUAUAAGCUGCUGAAGGGGCUCGCAGUCAGAAGAGCAGCCUACGGCGUUCUGAGGCACAUCAUGGAGUCAGGAGCCAAGGGAUGCGAAGUCAUAGUAUCGGGCAAGCUGAGAGCACAAAGAGCAAAGAGCAUGAAGUUUAAGGACGGAUACAUAAUCUCGACAGGACAGCCGGCACAGCAGUACGUGAACACGGCAGUCAGGUCAGUGCAGCUGAGACAGGGCGUCCUGGGCAUCAAGGUUAAAAUCAUGCUCCCGUACGACCCGGAGGGAAGGAUCGGACCAUCCACGCUCCUCCCAGACACAGUCACGGUUCUAGACCCAAAGUAG